AUGAACUAUAAAUGGUGCCACUUUCCAAAUUUGUCAAUAGAAAGAUACGAGACCUUAAAAUUAACGCAAAGCAGAAAAAUCACCAAGGCAGAUAGUAAGACGCAAAAUAAAAAAAAAGCUUCAACAGGAGAGAGGGUAAACGCCUUUCGCGCAUUCACUAGGUGCAACACCAAGUGCUGCAAUAACAACAGUUUGGCUCAUAUUAGCAGAAUUAGAACCAUAAGACAGCUUAAAAGCGGAACAUCCAAUGGUAGUGUGCUCCCCUUCAAAAAGAUAAAAACGGAUAGACCUUCCGAAAAAAAAAAACAAAAAAUAAGUACUAGGGGAAAGAUGAAAGCGACGAAUCAGUCACAUUUGUCUGCAAGUGUGGAUCACGGCGGGAACAAAAACUCCCUGCUUCUCCGUGAUGAAGAACUAGCGGGAAGAAGUAAUGCUGAAGGGAAAGGUCGCAGCGGAAGUAGUGAUGAAAGUAGUGGUGCAAGUGGAAUCGGAAGUGAAGUCGGAAAUGCACUCGGACGCGAAGUCGAAAAUGAAAUGAGAAAUGAAGUAGGAAGCGAAAACCCAAGUGGAGCAAACGCAUGCAUAGUGAAAAACUCAACUCAACAAAAAUUUACAGGGAAUAAUAAAAUAAACUCAAUAGAGAAGAACAAAAGUAAAAGCUGCUCCUUGAGAAAUAUUAUGGGUUCUAAUUCGGCUCUAAAUAAAGGCAUCCAUGAAGAUACCUCGAAAUGGGGCAACCUCUGUGAAAACGCAGAAGGGAAUGGAGAUGUAUACACCCCAUCUAAUGAGCUUCUAGACGCAAAAAGUAUUUGGGAAUGUGCCAAGAGAGAAAAGAAAAAGAAAAAAAAUAUGAACAUUACAAAUGUUUAUGCAGUUUGUCAAACUGAACCCCAUUUAGGCAUCGAGGAAAAGUGCCCCCUGGUAGGCAACCAGAAGGAGGAUGUGCUGUUAGGAGGGGACAAAAUUGAAGAUCCCCUUAAAAUGAAUGGAACUGGAUUUGCAGACAUGCUCAUAAGUAAGAAGAGCUAUUUAAUUGCGGGUCUGGAGAAUAUACCACGUGGGGAGAAUAAAGAUGUGUCAGCAGGCAGCAACAGUGGACUUAGCAUUGGACGUAGUAGCGAGCAUGGUAGCGAUCGUAGCAGCAAGCUGAGCAGUGUCACACAGCAUACCGACAUAAGUGCCAAGGAGCAACAGAAGACUCAAGGAAGCCAAACAAAGGACACAGCAAAAAUAGCUCAUGAUAUGCCGUUGCUACCAGUCACAGAGGAUGCAUGUAACAAGCCAAAAGGAUUGAAGGACGAGGAAUACGCUAAUAAGAAUCUCCAGGAAGACAUUGCAAUGUACAAUUUAAUUCGCGAUAUAUGUAAAGGGUCCAAUGGAGUGAAGGACAAGGAAGGUGGAGUCUUGCUCAAUUUGGAAAACCUAGAUACUCGUGAACUAGGAAAGAAAAAUACGUCAUCCAGAAAAGCCAUCAAUCACUUGAAGGAGGAAACAUCAUCAAUUGUCCACGCGAGUGAGGGGAAGACACGGGAACCCACGUGUCCAGAUGGAAUCUUAAAUUGUAAUAAUCAAAUUGGUUUGCUCAAUGGAGAUGCAGUAGAAGCGAAUAGCGAGAAAGGAAGCGCGGAGAGGGGAAUCGAGAACACGGGAGAACAUGAAAGCGAACCUAGGGAUGACACGCGGGAAGAACAAAGGGAACACCUGAGAAACAAACUAAAUCACCAUUUAUACAAAAAGUUAACAGAUGAUACAAUUACCGAAAGUACUAAUAACACCUGCUCCGAUUUCAACGAAAGUACGCACAACAACAGUUCCCCAAAGAGCACUAAAUUUUUAUUUAGUAUGUGCAAUGAGGAGGAGAAGGAUUUAUGUGAGAAGAUUACAUUACCCAAGUCUACAACCAACAGUGUGGUCAAUAGUGUGAGUGUGUACAUGGACUCUUCUUCAUCCGUGUCAGACGGAAGUUUAUUCAAUGACGUAAAUAGGAAUAAGUCAAAUAUAAAUGAGUACGAGAAGAAGGAAAAUGCUUCGUUCAAUGUUCAGAGGAUCAGAGAUUGUCCAAAUAUAACUCCAGUGAAAGGGGUUCCCUUAAUCAGUCAUACCCUGCAUGAUAAAAGCAGUAGCCUUAGCAGGGCAAGUGCAGUUCCUAGUAGUUCUUUCCCUAUUCAUGGGAAAAUAAUUAAUCUUGUUGGGAAGACCCAAGCACAUGAUGCUGAUGAGGAGAAUAAGAAAAAAGACACAGUCGACGACGAGGGAAACAAAAUAGCCAAUUUGAAAAGAAGCAUAAACCGAGAUGUAGAUUAUAGUUUAAAAAAAAAAUUAAAAAUAGAAAACUAUUCUUUACUCAAUUUAAAUAUAUAUAAAAAUAACCCCCAAGAAUUAUACAAAAAUAAUAGCUACAAUACGUACAUAUUGAAAAGCCUGCAAAAUUCUUACCUAAGAAAUAAAUUAUUCAACGUAACGUAUAGCCAAAUAAGUAGCACGAGCACGAAAAAAGAAGGUGGAGUGCCGUCCUACGUUGAGAAUACGCCCCUCAUUUGUACAGAGGGGUAUAAGUGCAAGUACAACACCAAGAGUGACAGUACAGAAAAAUAUGAUGAAACGGAGGGGUGGGAUUUUAUUAGACUCACAAAUAAUGAAAUGGAGGAGAAAAUCAAAGGGGAAGAAGUGGAAAAGAGAAAUAGGAAGCAACAACACAAUUUGAAUAGGUACUAUAAUGAAGUACUACUGAAUGGCAUGAUAUGCCCUCAAUCUACACAACUUAUAAACGUAGAUAAUAGUACAUGCAGAAGUAACCCAUUUAAGGUACAAAACUUUGGCGCCACAUAUAAAGGAGGAGAAGGAAAUGACCAUCAUUUUAACACCAUAUACACGAAUGAUGCAAAUUAUUCCAACCUGCUGAAGGAAAAACGGCUGGACAAUGUGCAUCUGAAUCUACGUGAUGUUAUAAACCUCCUAGAGAAAGAAACAAUCGGAAACUUAUACAGUGAGGAAGAAUUAGAAUCCAUAAUAAUUCCUGUGGAGGGUGUUUACUACGAUUCUGGUAUAAAAAAGUGGUUAUACAAAUAUGACGAUGGGGAUAAAAUGACAAAUAUGAGGAGGAAGUUUUUGUCUGCACAAAACUAUUCUUAUCACCAGUCCAGGAAGAUGGCACUGCAACAUAAGUACAGCUACAUAAGGAAGAAGUAUAACAUUUUUAGUGACCUUGAUGAUGAGGAGAGAAUGUUUUUUGUCUCCAUCAGUGGGUAUGCAACGGGUGGCAGGGCUCCAAACGGGGAAAACACCAACCAAAGGGUGAAUGUAGACAAGGGGAAGAACCCUUGCGCCAAACUUUUGAACGAGAAUGACCAGGAAGCUAUCACUACAUAUGGCUGCACUGCCAAAGAAUCAGGGCAGGGACGAAUAGAGAGGUGCAAGCAGAACGCCGAUGCGAAGGAAGUACAACCAGAAGGUGAAGAAGCAGAAGAAAUAAAUCAAAACCACAAUGUCACCGAUGAAAAGCGAAGCUCUUUGUACCGUAUAAAUAAAAGCCCCUCCGAUGAUAGAGAAACAAAUUUAAAUGACACGAUUAAUUCGUUAAGCACUCAUAACCCCCACAGUGCUUCUUCGUCUUCAUCACAUGAAGGGACUCAUACAAACGGUCCAGUUAGGGCCAAAGGGAAAGCAGACCUUCCAACUUACAAUAUAAUAAACGCAAAAAAGUAUGUACACAAUUGGGUUGGAGAAUUUUCCAAAAGUAACAUAAAAGAGAAAUCAUUCCCUGAUGGAGUUCAAAACGCAAGUACUGUUACUCAAGGUGGAGACACAUACGGAGAGUACUGCCCCCCUAGUUGCAUCACCUCGAAGACCAGAGCCGUUUUGUACAAAACUCUAGGUGUAGAAUUCUCCAACGACUUGGUAGACAAAAUGCAAAACCUACCGAAGGAAAAUAUAUUCUAUGAGAGAGAAAAAAAAAGAUGGGUGAUUAAAAUUUUCGAAAAGAAAACAAACACCUUGUUAUAUUUCAAAGAAUUUGACUGUACCGUUUUUGGAUUCAUCUAUGCCUGCAUCUUAACCAUCGAACAUAAACAAUUAUACCUAGACUAUUUUCUAAAUGAAAAAAAUUACGAUUUUUUGAUGCAACUGAUCCAGAAUAGCUCCUUAAAGAGAAAGCUUUACUUCAACUCUGCAGUUCGAUCGACUGGCCUAGGUAGUAAUGGGAGCCUCCCACGGGCCAACAUGUUCUUCAUGGAGGGUGUCAAUGAGGAGCCUACCGUAGAAGCAGGUGCAGAAGCAAGUGCAGAAGUGAAUGCAGAAGUGAGUGCAGAAGUGAGUGCAGAAGCGAGUGCAGAAGCGGGAGCCGAAUUGAAUUACGACGCAGAUAGGCAGCGAACCAAAUCGGGACACAACCCCAACUUUGCCUACUUGGUGGACAACUCAGACGCGGUAUGCAAGGACAAAGGGUUAACCCGAUUUGGAGAAUUUUACCAAACGGAAAAAUUCGAAAGGGAAAAUUUAACCAUGUAUAAUAAGGGCGCAUCGUUGAGCAAGCCGUCACAGGUAGGACAUAUUUUUGCCCACAAGAAAUAUCCCUGGAAAAAUGAUUUGCAAGCAACCCGAAAUGAUAUGGCUGAUAGGGAAAAAAUUAUUCCUUCAUGCUUGCAAAACAAAAUGGAUGGAGAAUAUUUAACGAAUGCGAUUGGUACAAACGUCUGUGGUGGAAAUGCCGACUCUACGCGAGGGAACGAGAAGGAGAUGAACUGGGCACAAAUAAAAUGGCCACAAAAGGAAUGGCCGAACACGGAACAGUUCAAACAAGCUCUAAAGAAGGAGCAUCAUAUUACUGAUGUGAGGGAACGAAAAAAUAAGACCCUUGAAGAGGAAGAAUCCAAAAAUUCCUUUGUUGCACAGAUGGAGAAAAUGCAACAUUAUCUCCCACAUGAUGACGAUAAUAACAAAAAUAUGGUCAUAAGUAACGUCAAAAAUGUUUGCCGCAACGAAGUAGCCAGCUGCAAUGGCAAUAACGACACGCUGUCCACCCACAGUGGAUUUCAGAAUAGCGAAAUUUCCAAAGAUCAAGUGAUAAAUGAUAACGAGGCUGAUGAUAAGAAUAGGAAGAAAACCAGACAGACGAAUCAAAUGAAGGCAAAAAAGGAUUUUCUAUAUUAUAAAAAAACGAAAAAUUCAAAGGAUGCUAUGGGAAAUGGAAAAGACUCCACCCUUACUGCGGACUUGAUGCAAGAAGAGACAAAUAAUUUGCUCAAAUUAGAUUCAUACAUAGAAUCGUUGGACAAUAACACGGACGUAAUUUCCUUGGCGAAAGAAACAAUCCUUUUGCUUCUUAAAGACAUUAUAAAUUGUAUCCCCUUUCAAAUGGCCCCUUCUGUAAUAUCUAGAAAAAUUUACUACCAAAAAAUUAAUGCGCAUGUGAAGUUUGUGUAUCAUUCUCAAAAUAUCCUAGACUUGAUGCCCUACUUCUUCAUAUUCAAGAAUGUCAUUAAGCAGAAGAAGAUGCCCAGUGACCAGUCCCUGUACAUUUGCAACGUCUUGUUGUACGCCUUGUUCGAGGCGUAG